GGGACACUCCAGGUGUGGCCCUGCGAGAGCAGCCGCUCGCACACCGCCAUCGCCAAGUACACCCAGUACCAGGUGUGCUCCUUCCAGGGGUCCCUGCAGCCACUCGCACACUGCCAUCGCCAAGUACACCCAGUACAGGUGUGCUCCUUCCAGGAGUCCCUGCAGGAGGACAAGGACAGCGAGGAUGAGGAGGCCGAGGAGCCCGACAGCACCACCGAGACCCCGCCCAGCCCCCCCGACCAGAAAUCCCACCAGAUCAUCAAGUUCGGGACCAACAUCGACCUGUCGGACGCCAAGAGGUGGAAGCCGCAGCUGCAGGAGCUGCUGAAGCUGCCGGCGUUCAUGCGCGUCUCCUCCACGGGGAACAUGCUGAGCCACGUGGGCCACACCAUCCUGGGCAUGAACACCGUGCAGCUCUACAUGAAAGUGCCCGGCAGCCGCACCCCCGGCCACCAGGAGAACAACAACUUCUGCUCGGUGAACAUCAACAUCGGCCCCGGCGACUGUGAGUGGUUCGCGGUGCACGAGCACUACUGGGAGACCAUCUCCGCCUUCUGCGACAGGCACGGCGUGGACUACCUGACGGGCUCAUGGUGGCCCAUCCUGGAGGACCUGUACCGCUCCAACAUCCCGGUGUACCGGUUCGUGCAGCGCCCCGGGGACCUGGUGUGGAUCAACGCCGGCACCGUGCACUGGGUGCAGGCCACGGGCUGGUGCAACAACAUCGCCUGGAACGUGGGGCCGCUGACAGCGUACCAGUACCAGCUGGCCCUGGAGCGCUACGAGUGGAACGAGGUGAAGAACGUCAAGUCCAUCGUGCCCAUGAUCCACGUGUCCUGGAACGUGGCCAGGACCGUCAAGAUCAGCGACCCCGACCUCUACAAGAUGAUCAAGUACUGCCUGCUGCAGUCCAUCAAGCACUGCCAGGUGCAGCGCGAGAGCCUGGUGCGCGCGGGGAAGAAGAUCGCCUACCAGGGCCGGGUCAAGGACGAGCCGGCCUACUACUGCAACGAGUGUGACGUGGAGGUGUUCAACAUCCUGUUUGUGACGAGCGAGACGGGCGGGCGCAACACGUACCUGGUGCACUGCGAGGGCUGCGCGCGGCGCCGCGGGGGCGGCCUGGCCGGGGUCAUCGUCCUCGAGCAGUACAAGACCGAGGAGCUGAUGCAGAUCUACGACGGCUUCACCCUGGUGACGCCGCCGACCCCCAGAUGAGUCCAGGCCCCCCCCCCACGGCGGGGGAGGGGCCAGGGGGGGCCAGGGGGGCCCCCCCGCCCCUCCCCCCACCACGAACACUUUUUAUUUAUUCCCGGAGAAAUCGCCCCAAAAAUCGUCUGGACGGACAGGACGCCCCUCACCCACCGCGGGGGGAGGGGUUUUGGGUGGAAAAGCUCCGAUUUUAUACAAAAUCCCGAUUUCUAGGAAUUUACAAAGCCCCGCCCCCGCCGCCCCUCCCCCCGCGGUGGGGGAUGGGGGGGGGGUCUCUCUCUGCUGCCCCUCCCCCACCCCCACAUUUUGGGGGCUGUGAACUCAGAGGGGGUUGGGGGGGAGGGGAGGCUCUGCUCUGGCCCCUCCCCCCUCACUUUGGGGGGGUUUGUGCCCCUCCCCCAACACAAAGGGGAGCCUGGGGGGGGUCCCCGCCCCCUCCCCUCAGCAUUAAGGGGGGGAGGGGCUGGGGGGAGGGGCACUUUCUUUGGGGGGGGGUUCCACCCCCUGCCAAGAUUCAACCAAAA